UGAACUUAUUUUCAGUCAUAUUUCUGCAUACACAUCUACACACACACACGGACACUCAUCCACACACUCUGUAGGAUUAUGGCUUCUGCAGUGGGCAAUGGGCUCCCCAGUGGUGGUAGCAUCUUUACCACCAUGCCUGAGAUCCUCUUCAUCCCAGAAUUUAUUUUCGGAGGUCUGACAUGGUGUCUUGUGGCUUCCACUAAAGUGACGCCUCCCCUCCCAAUACCCAAUCCAGAGGGCUGGGUGAUGUUCGUCUGCAUCUUCUGUUUUGUCUUCACCACGCUGUGGUUCUUCAUUUUCCUCUGUGGAGGGAACCAGAGCAGUGUGUGGCCUGGCCUGGACACUGCGUAUCAUUUUAUUGCAGUGCUCUUCUACCUGAGUUCAUCAGUACUUUUGGCCUACGUCACACUUGAGUUCAAGGCUUUAUUUGACAGUACUCUCUCGGAUGAUAUCUUAAAGAUCUAUCGGGAAAACAUUGCUGCUGUGGUGAUGUCCUAUGUAACCACGCUGCUUUACUUCCUCCAUGCCAUCUUCUCUGCGCUCCGGUGGAAAUCCUCCUGAAGAGAAAAAAGCGAAACAAGGCAACCAUCCACACCUCAACAACAAAAUUCAAAUUAAAACCUGAAAAAAGAAUCAAACAAAAAACAAAGUGCCCAGUAGGGGGCAGCAGGUUUAAUUGUCACUGAUU